CAAUACUUUGUACCCAAAACUAAGAUGCAAAUGAAGUUUUUCAAAAAUUAAUUUCUUUUUAUUCUAUAUUUCAUUAACCUAAUAUAUUAAACAAAACAAUAAUACAAUAUCAUAUAGUCAGAUAAAGUGUUCAUAAAAUUUGAGUAAUAGAUAUGGGAUAGUUCUAAAUUAGGUUAAGAUGAAUAAAGAAAUUAUGAUUUUGAUAUAUCUUAAGGAAAGUUUUAAAAUAUCCCCAAAAUUGUUUAUUCUUUAAGCACUUAUAAUAGUGAUAAUGAUAGUUAGCAAGGAUUUUUACUAACAACUAAUAAUUUAACGAAAACAAAACUUAGUUAUAAAUUAUAAUCUAUAGGAUGUACUAUUUCUUAAUUAGGAUUUAAUAUACUCGCAAUUGAUGAUCCUAAUAUUGAUGUUCAACAAAAGCAGCUUUCUUCUGGAGUAGCUACAACUAUAACAGGAACACAAGAUAUCUUGCAAAUUGCUGCUUUUAUUUAUGGAUUUAAAGGAACUGAUUGGAGUAAUUUAAAACUAUAAUAUGCUUUAACUAAAAUUGAUAGCAGAAACUAUAAAAUAUAAUUUACAAAUUCUAAUGUUCCAACUGUUUACUUAAACUUUGUUAUAAUUUAUUAAAAUUCAUAUACAGAUAUAGGUUAGUUAUACUAAUAUUAUAUGAAUUUUGAUACUUAAGGUCAGAAUAUUGGUGGAUCUAAUACAGUAUCAUGGAAAACUUCUGCUUAAAUAGACAAAUCUCCAGUUUUUUUUGGGUUAAAAGAUUUUAGUCUUAUAUCUAAAGGUUAUUUUGGAAUAAAAAUUUUGAGUGGAUAAACUCCUGAAGCAAUAAAUAAAUAAGUAGUUUUAAAUUAUUUUACAUGGAAUGGGUAUAAAGUGAAUAUGAUAAAUGGUAUUUGGAUGGCUUUUACUCUUAAAACAUGUUAAAGCGGAUACACAAUGUUUUUAAAUUCAACCUACAAUGCUUGUGUUAAAUCUUGUAAUUCUGUGGACCAUCACUACAACACUAAUCCUGCAAAUACUAAACUUCUCUAUUCAACUACUAUUACUAUAUGUUAAAAAUGCAAUGAUAAUUGCUAUGGCUGCAAAGACGGCUUUCCAAAUUUUUGCACUGACUGCCUAAGUAAUAUGUAUUUGAAUCCUUUCACAAACACUUGCGAUUAAUAAAAACCUACAAGUACUUUCUGUUAAGUAUAAACAGUGAAUGAUUAAACAUUCUAAAAUUGCCAAAAAUGUGAUCCAACAUGUAAAGAAUGCAACUCUCCAAAUAACCCCAAAUCUUGCACAUCUUGCAAUUUAAACACUUCAAAUAAAUACUAUUACUAAAACUAAUGUUUAUCUUCAUAACCAUCUUCAACAUAUUGUGAUAGUAAUUUCAUUUGCUAUAGCUGCGAUCCUUAUUGCGCUAGUUGCUCUAAUUCUAGUAAUAACUGCUAAAGCUGUAAAGCUAAUAGCUAUUUAUAUUAAAAUAAUUGCUUAGCGAAGAUCUGUUUAUCAAAUUAGUAUUUGAAUCCAUAUACAAAUAAUUGUGAUUAAUCAUAACCUCCUAGUACCUCAUGCUCUCAAAUAACUUUGAAUGCUUCCACAUUUUAUUAUUGCUAGAAAUGUGAUCCAAGUUGUAAAGAAUGCAGCGCACCUGGAAAUCCAAACUCUUGUACAUCAUGUGACAUUAAUUCUACAAAUAAAUAUUUUUAUAAUAAUCAGUGCUAACCUUCAUAACCUCCUUCGACAUAUUGUGAUGGUAAUUUUAUUUGUCAUUAAUGCGAUGUUAAUUGUUCUACAUGCUCUGGUUAAAGUAGUAAUUGCUAAAGUUGCGUAACAGAUAAAUAUCUCUAUAUAAACUAAUGCUUAGAUAUAGUAUGCUAAAGUAAUGAAUAUUUGAAUAACAUAACUAAGACUUGUCUUUAAACAAAACCUUCUGGUACAUAUUGCAUAUCUGUUACUUAAAACGGUAAUACAUUUUAUUAUUGUUAAAAAUGCGACCCUAGUUGCUAAGAAUGUGAUACUCCUGGUGACUAAAACUCAUGUACUUCUUGUGAUAUAACCUCUUAGAAUAAAUAUUACUAUAAAAGCUAAUGCUUACCUUCUUAACCCCCUUCGACUUAUUGUAAUUCAAAUUUUCAGUGCUAAGAUUGUGAUAAAAAUUGUCUUUCUUGCUCUGGGUCAAGCUAAAACUGCUAAAGUUGCAAAGACAAUAUUUAUUUCUACUAAAAUUAAUGUUAUGAGAAUCCUUUACCAGGUACUUAUUGUAUAAACUAUACUGAUUGUAAAUAAUGUGAUACAAGUUGUAAAACUUGCAUUUAAACCUCUACAAAUUGCAUAAGUUGCCCAGAUCAGUAGUAUCUAUAUAAAAAUACUUGUUAAGCUCAAAAACCUUCAGGCGUUUAUUGUGAAAUAAACUAAAAUUUUUUCAGCUGCAUUGCAUGUAGUAAUAAUCUUUGCUAAGAAUGCUAAAAGGAUGAUUAAUCAAAAUGUACAUCUUGUCCAUCAGGGCAAUUUUUAUACAAAGAUAAUUGUGUGAAUACUCAACCUGAUUCAACAUAUUGUUAAAAUUAUUCAUGCUAAGAUUGUGAUCCUUCAUGCAGUUCUUGUAAUGGACCAUCUAAUAAUAACUGUACCUAGUGCAAUACUUCUUAAAAUAGAAGUUUAGUUAGUACGGUAUGCGUAUGCAAUGAUGGAUAUUAUGAAGAUAAUUAUAAGACUUGCUAAAAAUGUUCUCCAACUUGCCAAACUUGCAAUGGCUCAUUAGAUACCCAAUGUUUAACCUGUAAAAAUUACAUAUACUAAAACACUUGCUAUGACACUCCUCCUCCUGGCACUUAUUGUGAUUCUACAACAAAAUAAUGCAACAAGUGUGACUAAACUUGCUAAGCUUGUAGUGGUCCUAGCAAUAAUAAUUGUACCUAAUGUGAUUCAGCUAAUGGAUUAUCUUUGACACCUUAAAACACUUGUGUAUGUCCUGACAAUUAAUUUAUAGAUAAUUCAACAGGAACAGCUGCUAAGUGCACAAAUUGUGAUGCUGCCUGCAAAACUUGUAGUGGACCAAACAAUAAUAACUGCUUAAGUUGUACAAACUAUUUGUUUAACAAUUAAUGUUAUGAAAAAUAACCACCAUAAACAUACUGUGAUGAUAAAAAAAUUUGUUAACAAUGUAGUUAAGGAUGUAAUACUUGUGAAGGUCCUAAUUCUUGCAAAGAUUGUAUGCCAAACUUCUUUCUUGAUUCUUAUAACACUUGUUAAAAAUGUUAUAUUAAUUGUUUGACUUGUAAUGGGGCUAAUUCUAAUUAAUGUUUAAGUUGCCAAAAUCUUAUUUUAAAACCAGAUAAUUCUUGUGGUUGCUAAUCUGGUUACUUUGUUGACACUUCUAAUAAAAGCUCUAUCUAGUGUAAUAAAUGUGAUUCAAAUUGUUAGGAAUGCCAAGGAUCUUAGCCAAGCUAGUGCCUUAGUUGUGAUUAAAGUUAAACAAAUAAAUAUUUAUAUAAAAAUUAGUGCUUACCUAACUAACCUCCAUUAACGUAUUGUGAUCCUAAUAGCAACAUCUGCGUAGAUUGUUAUUUAACGUGCAGUUCUUGUAGUGGGCCAGAUUAAAACAAUUGUACAUCUUGCAAAAAUGGAGGUUAUUUAUAUAAUGGAAUCUGCUCAGUUUCCUAACCAAAUAAAACUUAUUGUGAUGAUAAAUAAGUUUGCAAAGAUUGUAAUCCUUCUUGCUUAGCUUGCAAAGAUUCUCCAAAUUGUACUGCUUGUUCUCAAGAUCAAUACCUAUUUGAUAAUAAAUGUUAAGCAUCUUAACCUCCUAAUACUUAUUGCAUUAACCAAGACAUUUUUAAAAUUUGCCAAUAAUGCUAAUAAGGUUGCAGUGAAUGUUCUUCUGGAGAUAAAUGCACUUAAUGCUAAAAAGAUUAUUUUCUCUAUAAAGAUUAAUGUUAUAAUAAGUAACCAGAUAAAACUUAUUGCAAAGAUAAUAAUUGUUUUGACUGUGAUCCUUCAUGUUCUUAAUGCUUAGGACCUAAUAAUACUGAUUGUACAAAUUGUUAGGGAGAUUUUCAACUUGAACCUUUAUCUAAAUAAUGCAAAUGUCCUUCUGGUACAUUUAAUGACAACUCUGAUCCAGGAAAUUAAUACAAAUGCUCAAAUUGUAUUACAGGCUGUUCUAAAUGCAACGAUGCCAAUUCUUGUGAUGAAUGUGGACUUUCUAAAACUACAAACUAAAAAUUAUUUUUGAUAGAUAAUUAGUGCUUUGAAUAGUAACCAUCUAAUUCUUAUUGUGAUCCUAUAAAUUUUGUUUGUUAAAGUUGUGAAUUUAAAGAACAGCCUUGCUAAAAAUGUGAUCAAACUCUAUAAAAUUGUAUUAGUUGCUAAUCAGGUGAAUAUCUUUACAAAAAUAACUGCUUGUAAUAACCAAAUAAUGGUGUUUAUUGUGAUAAAAAUAACAUUUGUAAGGAUUGUGAUAAAAAUUGUUUUAAUUGCUCUCAAACUGCUAACUAAUGCACUGAGUGCUCUUAAGGAUAAUUUUUAUAUGAUAACAAGUGUUAUCCUGAUUAACCAUAAGGAACAUCUUGCAGUGAAAUCAAUAAUAACAUCAAAGAUACAUUUUAAAAUUGUUAAGUCUGUAAAGCAAGUAAUUGUCUAACCUGUAAUAAAUCUGCAGAAAAAUGUGAUAUUUGUAUUGAAGGAUCAGUAUUAGAUUCUAACAGUUCAUCGUGUAUUUGCCCAGAAGGUCAUUACUUAUAAAAAGAGACAUAGAAAAAUUAAUGCCUUGCAUGUAAGUAGUAGAACUGCUCUUAAUGUAAUAAUAAUUAUUGCAUUAAAUGUCAAAGUGGUUAUAAAUAAAAUGAUUUAGGACAAUGUGUUUAUUGCGAUAAUAAAAUGUUUGCAAAUACAUUAGGUAUUUGCAAUUUGCCAUGCAAAGAAGGUUGUAAAGUAUGUACAUCCUAGGACAAUUGUGUUAAGCAAGACGAUACCUUUAAAAAUUGUGAUGUAAGUUGUCAAACUUGUACAGGUCCAAGUGCAUCAUAAUGUGCUUCUUGUUCCUCUAAUACUAGGUUAUUUGACCCAAUAAAUAAUACAUGCAAAUGCGUCCCUAAUUUUGAAGAGAAUGGUUAGGCUGACUGUUAGUAUGUUUACUAGGUACCAAAAUAAAUAGUAAAUGCAUAGUCAGCAGUUGGAGUAGCUCAAUUUUCAAUUACAGCUUUCACCACUGUGACAAACUUUAUCCCAGGAAUUUCUUAUUCUCUAGGUUUGAUGCAAUUGUUAGGAAAUUUCUAUAUAAGGCAAGAUCAGACCUACAGCUCUCAAGCUUCUGUAUUAAGCUCGUAUACAAAAUACAACUUGAAUUCGCUUUUUCAGCAGAAAUUAUUAUAUCCAUCUUCAUCUUCUGAUACAAAUUAAAAAGUCAAUAGAAUUCUUGAGUAAAGCUCAAAUAAAAGCAUAUAUCCUAUAAAUGAUUCAGAAAAGGCAUUAAUGCUAGCAGAUAGAAUAUUCUUUGCUUCAAACAGUAUUAUCACACUUAGUCUAAUUGUAUUAAUUUUUUUGGUAGCUUAGGCAUUCCACUAAUACCAGAUUAGAACAAAAGAGCAUUUUAAAUACAUGAAUAUCAUUAGAUGGAAUUUAGUCCUAUUUUUGAUUUAAAUUAGCUCUAAUUUCAUGCUAAUAACUUUGUUUUAAUGCUAAAUAGCUGAACAAAGAAUGAUAGAUUGGGCUUUUAUUGGAAUAUUCUUAAUAUUAUAUAGCUUUUUCAUCGGAUACUCGUUUAUGAGAGUAUAUAGAAAUGACCAUUAAGACUCAGCUGUUUCUAUUUUAAGCAGUGGAAUUAACUAAGAACAUAAAUUCUCUAGGUUCUAUUUUGUUAUUUUUGAAGCGAGAAAGCUGAUUUACUGUAUCAUAAUUACUGGAAGCAAGUAGCACCUUAACUAUGCUAUUUGGUCUAUUUGUGCAUCAUAAGUUGUAUUUAUUUACAUUGCUUACAAAUAAUAAAUAUUCAUUAAUAAGCUUAGUAAUAAUGUUCUAAUAUCAUCUGAGGUUAUUUUCUUGUCUAUCGUUUCUGUUUUAGGAGUUAUGAUCAACAUGAGUGACAUUUCUAUCCAAAAAACUUUAGCAACAAUAAUUGUAGUUCUAAUGAUGAUUUAUUCAGUAAUAACUAUAUCUGUCUUAAUUUAUGUUUUAGUAUAGCUAGUGAGAAGAAAAUGUGGUAGAAGAGAAGAUUUGAUCUAAAGCACUGAACUUACUAAACUUUCUGCAAAAAUAUAGCUUUUGAAUAAAAGCUUUGAAAAGAAUUAAAAGAUAAAAUGGAGUAUGAACCCAUUGUAAAAAAGAAAAACAGAUGAGAACUGCAAUAUUAGCAGUAUUUUAGAUUAAUCUAUAUCUAAUAAGUAAAUAAAAGUGUUAAAAAUUUGA